CCUGGGACACGCACGCAUAUACACACACGCAGAGAAGAAGCCGCACACACACACACACAUACACACACAAGUCAGUGAGAGGAGAGAGGAACGAGAGAGGAGGGAGACGGACACAUUCAACACAAAGAGAGAAGAGACGGUGAGAGCGGACAGGUGCACUCAUCCACCCCUUCAUUCAGCUGACAAAAUGUCGAUGACAGAUCUGUUGAAAGCUGAGGAGAUCAAGAAAGCUCUUGAAGCCUUUGCAGCAGAAACAUUUGACCCUAAAAAGUUCUUUGAAAUGGUGGGAAUGAGGGCCAUGUCAGCUGAAAACGUCAAGAAGGUCUUCAAGGUUCUGGAUGUGGAUGGUAGUGGCUUCAUAGAAGAGGAGGAGCUCAAGUUUGUACUGAAGGGCUUUUCCGCGGAGGGCAGAGAUCUGACCGACUCUGAGACAUCAGCAUUCCUCAAAGCCGCAGACAAAGAUGGAGACGGCAAGAUCGGCAUUGAUGAGUUUGAGGCCAUGGUGCAUGAGUAGGGGAUAGAUGAACACCCCCCUUCUUCUUCCUCCUCCUCUUUGUCCCUGCAUUCAUAUUUUGUAACUGCUACCUUCAAACUCCUCUCACCUUCGUCGGGACCCCACACAUGGAGUCAGACCAGGCCUGCUCUCUACAAACUACUGCAGAGGCAGGCCAACAGGGCGUUACCAUGAGGAGAAACAUACAGGCAUAACAGGCACCAGUUUCAUCUUUUCAUUUUUUAUAUAUAUUUAAUCGCACAUGCUGUAUGGGUUUCUGAAUCAUUCAUAAUGAUUUCAUGAAGAUAGUUUGUGGUCUAAAACAGGUGGUGGUACUUUAGUGCUGUAGAUGGUGUAGAUGUUAUAAAGACUUCUUAAAUCUUAAUUUCCUUCCUUUGUGUAUUUCAGGUUGUGC